AUGCCUUACACACCUCCCUCACAGCGGUCCCCGGCAACCUCCAAGACUAGCAGUCCUACACUAAGCCGGAAUCACUCCUAUGUCGAUCAGCCACCCCACUCGCCGGUGACCGCCCGUCGCCCAUCACUGCCUCGCUCCGUCUCGUCAACCUCGUACCUCGCAAAGUCACGGCGGUCGUCGACGUCCGUCACAAUAGAGAACACUGUUGCAAAUGGCCUGUCUCCCAAUACCACCACUGACAUCAAGUCCGACGCCACCCAGCAUGGCCCAUCCACAAACGGUGCGAUUACCACACCGCCUGAUUCCUCGGAUGACGAAGAACGUGGACGUCGCGUAGGGGACCUGCGUGAACUGCAACAGGCUCUCCAAGGCAUCGACCAGAAGAGACAGUCAUCACCUUCCGCAGAGGUCACCGAGAGGGUCAAGGACUCCAAGCCACAACCCCCCGUCACACUGGCGCGCUCUCUCUCGGCCGAGGCACGCAAGAUUGCACACUCACGCUCGUCGAGCGAGAUCAUGCUCUCCCAACACAUGAUGCACCCCAUCAACACUGAGACCAUCAUCAGCUCGUCUGAUGGUAGUGAUGCUGAGGAUGAUGAGCUCCGGAUAAAGCCCCCGCUACUACGCAAGAAGUCUGGUGAGCUUGUCAAGCCAGCUCUUCGUCCUCCUUCCAGGCGUCGCCCAUCCAGCAUGCCCGGCACCCCCACCUACUCCAAGGCGGUGCACUUCAACGAGGAGAUUGAGCAAGUACGCCACUUCCUUCAGGUCGACCGACCCAUCGCUGUCAGUGCCGGCUCGUCACCCGUCGAGACCUAUGACAGCGAGAGCGAGUAUCCGUUCGCGGACAACUCUCGGUCCAAGACACCUGAGUGGGACAUCAAGCUUGCAAACUUCCCCUCAUCGAAUAGCUACGAGCGACAGACUGCUCCAGUCCGAGUUGAGCGCAUCUUCCUUGCUUCUGAUCACCAGACUCUGGUUGGCAACAUUGCCGUUGCUAACCUGUCCUUCCACAAGCUCGUCGUGGCUCGCUUCACGCUCGACUACUGGAAGACUACAUCAGAGGUAGUUGCCGAGUUCAACCACGACGUCCGCAAGAAGCAAAAAGAAGAUGGCUACGACCGCUUCAACUUCAACAUCAAGUUGGCUGACCAAGCCAACCUCGAGUCCAAGACUCUGUUGUUGUGCGUUCGUUACCAGGUCAAUGGCCAAGAGUAUUGGGACAACAACAAUGCCAUGAACUACCAGGUCGACUUCACCAAGAAGGCUAAGCAACGGGGACACAAGCGCCCCACCGCUAGCCUGGGUGCUAUCCCUCGUAGCAGGCACUCACCUCUUGCUCCUCGCCCACGCUCAAUGCCCGCUGCUUCGUUUGACGACGAUUUUGGCCACGAGUUCGAGACCAAAUUCCAGUUUGGUAGCGGACGUGCCAUCAUCGGCGACUCACCUAGCUCGGUCAUCAAGCUGAAGCCCAAGAGCAAGCGUACCGUCCCCCAGAACCAGGCCCCACCUUCACAGGUCAGCCAGGCUUUCGCCUCUCGCUAUGACUUUGGUGCAUCUCUCACUGCUGCUCUGUCCAACGCUCAAACCGCACUUGGUGACCGCAGUGGACUGAAGUUGGACAAGGACAAGAUGAACAAAGGCUACUUUGAUCGUUCUAUUCCUACGGCUCAGCCUCACUCUACCAGUGCUCCUAUUCCCGGCGCCCGUCCCGACUCUCUGACUUUGGAAAAGCCCGAUCUUCAGUCUGCAGAGUACAAUGAGUUGAUCCAAAAAUUCUGCUUUUUUGGCACCCCGACUGGGAAAAUCUCUCCAAAUGUCACCACGCCUGCCGUCAGGCCUACGCAAGGUGACGGAGCUCUUGACUACAUGAACAACAGCUCUGGAAGCAACCAGUCGUCGGCUACCAGCAGUCCUGCGUCCCCUGCCAUGCCCGUCAUGGCAGAUGGUGCCAGUGACUCUGUCUCAUUCCUAUCUCGCUCAGCUUCUCCCGGUCCUGUCACCGGCUAUGCACCUGAAGACCGCUAUGCCUCCUCAUAUGAGUAUGGCUACACGAUGCCAGGUGGCGCCUUUACCGAACGCAGCCACACCCCUCAGGCUUGUGUCUAA